CCGCUCUCCCCCUCUUCCCCGGCUGCGCCUCACUCUCGCAGCCGCCAGGCCUCAACCCCUCACCCGCCGCCACUUACCCCGUGAUGUCUCCCGCCCUCGCCGCCGCGGAGCCCAUGGCCGUCGAUGACUCCGCCUCCAAGAAGGCCAAGCGCAAGCAGCUCAAGGCCGCCGCGGAGGCCGAGGCGGAGGCCGCCGUCUCGAGGAAGAAGGAGAAGAAGGAGAAGAAGCGCAAGGCGAAGGAGCCGUCCCCACCCCUGGCGGCCUCCGACGAGGAGAGGAGCAGCACGAGCUCUGAGGAGCCCGUCCCCGCCGCGAAGAAGGCGAAAAAUAAGAAGGAUAAGAAGACGGCUGAGGAGAGGACCAGCUCGAGCUCUGCGGAGGACGACGGCGAGCUCACGGCCAGCAGCGACGAGGACCCCGCCGAUCCUAACGCGCUGACGAACUUCCGGAUUUCGGAGCCGCUGAGGCAGAGGCUCAGGUCCAAGGGCAUCAAGGCGCUGUUCCCCAUCCAGGCCACCACCUUCGGCCUCCUCCUCGACGGCAGCGACUUGGUCGGCCGCGCGCGCACUGGCCAGGGCAAAACGUUGGCUUUUGUGCUGCCCAUAUUGGAGUCCUUGGUGAAUGGGGUGCACAAGGCAUCCAGACGCACCGACUAUGGCAGGCCUCCAAGUGUUUUGGUUCUGCUACCAACCAGAGAGCUAGCAAACCAGGUGCACGCAGACUUUGAGUUUUACGGUGCAACAUUCGGGCUUUCUACGUGCUGUGUAUAUGGGGGUUCUCCUUAUCGUCCGCAAGAAAUGGCAUUGCGAAAGGGGAUUGACAUUGUUGUUGGAACUCCUGGUCGUAUCAAGGAUUUCAUUGUAAAGGGAACUCUUAAUUUGAAGUCUUUGAAAUUCCGUGUCCUUGAUGAAGCUGAUGAGAUGCUUAACAUGGGCUUUGUUGAUGACGUUGAGCUCAUUCUUGGCAAGGUUGAAGAUGCUACCAAAGUACAAACACUUCUGUUCAGUGCUACUCUGCCAGAUUGGGUGAAUAAGCUCUCCAUGAGGUUUCUGAAAGUAGACAGAAGAACAGUUGAUCUUGUUGGCAAUGAGAAGCUGAAAGCUAGUGCAUCUGUUAAACAUCUUGCUCUUCCUUGUAACAAGGCAGCAAGGGCUCAGGUUAUCCCAGACAUUAUCAGAUGCUACAGCCAUGGUGGCCGAACAAUUAUUUUCACCGAGACAAAGGACUCUGCAUCGGAGCUUUCUGGUUUGAUUGCUGGAUCCCGUGCCUUGCAUGGAGAUGUUGCGCAAGCUCAGCGUGAAGUCAUUCUUGCUGGUUUCCGGAGUGGGAAGUUCCAAGUUUUGGUUGCUACAAAUGUGGCAGCUCGUGGCCUGGACAUUAAUGAUGUGCAGCUUAUCAUACAGUGUGAACCUCCACGUGAUGUUGAAGCUUACAUACACCGGUCAGGUCGGACAGGGAGAGCAGGUAAUACUGGUAUUGCUGUCAUGCUUUUUGAACCCAGAUAUAAGCACAGCGUGACCAGACUAGAAAGGGAGUCUGGGGUUCAGUUUGAGCACAUCUCUGCGCCACAGCCUACUGAUGUGGCACAAUCUGCUGGCAGUGAAGCAGCUGAUGCCAUUGCGACUGUGUCAGACAGUGUUAUUCCUGUUUUCCGGCAGCAAGCAGAGCAACUGUUAAGCUCUUCCAGUAUGUCCGCAGUUGACUUACUAGCCAAAGCACUUGCAAAAGCAGUUGGUUACACGGACAUAAAGAAAAGAUCAUUGCUUUCUUCUAUGGAGGGUUACACUACAUUACAUCUUCAAACUGGCAGGCCUAUGUGGGCACCGGGGUUUGCUUUUACCAUAUUGAAAAGGUUCAUGCCAGAGGAGAAACUUGCAGAUGUAAAGGGUGCGACCCUCACUGCUGAUGGGACCGGUGUUGUAUUUGAUGUUCCUGCAGCAGAUGUUGAAGACUAUAUUCAAGGUUCCGAGAGCGCUGCCAUGGUGACAAUUGAUGAAGUGAAACAACUGCCACCCUUGCAAGAUAAGGAUCAGUCAAGAGGCAACUCUGGCGGUGGAAGAUUUGGCCGUGGAGGUGGCGGGAGAUUUUCUGGUGGUGGCCGUGGAGGUGGCGGCGGUGGCAGAGGCAGAGGUGGAGGCAGUAGAGGGUUUUCUGGCAAAGGGAGCGGCAAUAGGUUUAAUAGGAGAAAUUAGAGCUGUUGCAGGGUUGAUGGACAUUUGAAGGUGGUAUGCCAUUUUUGCUGUAGUUGAUGAACGGGAGGGAAUGGCGGCUCUUUUUUCCCCGAAUGUAUCGGCUUUUAUUUAUUUGUCAAGUGUUUGUUACCAAGAUUAUGACGAUCAAUUUUGCCAACGCAAGUGUAAAAUUCUCAUCUGACACUCCGUAUGUAUUGUUUUGCGACGUUUGAAGUUGUCAGGAUUUUGAGUGCUUAA